GGUGUAAGACUCCAUUUCCCAGAAUCCUCAUUCCUGCUCGACCUUGGCCAAUAAGGAGUUAGUUUGCUAAAUGGGCGCAAAAAGUAGUCUCUCCAUGGAUUGAAGGGUCUUUCCGAAGAAUGUAAACGUAGCGGUUGCAUUAGUAACCAAGCUAAAUGCACUUUAACUAAUUACAACCCAGCGGCGAGACAAACUUAGUGCGAGCUCCGCUCACUUGUCUCAUCCAUUUUGUGUCGCGAGCAAUGCUGAAGAAACUGGGCGCCACUUCUUGAACUGAGCUCGGACUGAUAGCUAGCUAGCUCAGCUUUUUACCGAUAAUGUCCAGUCUUCCACAAAAUAACUUGAAGGAGCAGCUGGCGAGGCAUAGCAAUGCCGCUCAGAGCAAGUUUUCUCUGGCUAAACCCAAAGCGGGGGCCUUUUCUUUCAAAAAGAAGUCAUCAGGUACAACCAAGGUGGAAGUCCCGACCAAGGUAAUCAGCUCUAAUGUUUUGGCAAACAGGAAUGUCAAUGUUCCUAACAGUUUGGUGACUAAAUCUCCUUUGGCAUUUUCAAACAAGCUUGAGAGACCUCAAAAAUCCCAAAUCAACAACUUCUUCCCUGUAAGUUCAAAAGGCAAGUUGGACUCCAUCAGCCCAGCAGGUAACUGUGGCCAGACCCCUUCAGCUUUGUCUGCUGUUAAGGUGACGACAGCUCCAGCUAAAUCUGACAACCAGUUUACUAAAGACAAUGGAGGCAAUUCCACAACUCUGGAUGCAUAUCAUGGAUUCCCGGUGGAUGACUGGGAUGAUUUUGAUGACUUUGAAACUCCUGUCAAAGCAACAAAUGACUCAUUCAGUUCAGAAAUAUCUGGGAAGAGUAUCAAACCAGUGUCAUCUUUUAGUGGGGAAAAAACACAAUUCUCUCUUAUGACACCAGUGUUGAACAACAGUUUUGCAAACAAAAAUGAUCCUCCCAGAAGUGAAAAAUCUUGUAUGGAAACAGAUGAACUGGAGAACAGUGUCAACAAAUCUGCAGUUUCACCACGACUUAGUUUGAAUCAGGAGCCGGCAGAGUUUGAGGUUUCUCCACUUAAAAGGACCCGAAGACGUCCUCCUCCUCCUCCUGCUUUUCUGAAGUCUGUCAUGAGUGAUAGUGAAGAGGACAACAGUGAUCUGCUUGAGCCUUUUAAAGGACAGACAGACGAUAAGAAAAAAUGGAUUGACCCAAAGGUAAUACAGCUUGAGGACGACUCAGAGCCUGAAGAUGAUCUAGAGUACAUUCCCCCUUCUCCGAUACCUGAUGACAUCUCUUAUAGUACUUCAGCAAUGGAGACCAGAUCGAAAUCAGUGGAUGCUGAAAGCAGAGAUAUUCCUGUGCAAUCAAAGGGACCCAUCACAGCACUGCAUAAACCCUCUGAUCACCUCUCGAAAGACAAACCAAAUGAGCAACUCUUCAGUAUCAUGCAGUCCAUUUGUUCGCUGGUUGAUUCCAUCCCUGAACAUGAAGUGAUAGCUCUGGCCUGUGGAAAUGAGCUUUUGCUGAAGAGGGCUCAAAGGAAGAGGAUUCUUGCAACGGGUGGUGACGGUUUAUUGAGGAUGCAGCCAGACAGCACUGUAAUUUCUGAACCCAGCUUUAAAGAAACAUCUUCUUUUAGGUGUGAUAAUUCCAGUGUUAUGUCAUCCAGCAGCUCUAUGCUCCUGGACUCCAAGAAGCCUGCUCAGACCAGGAGAUCGUCUGUCAUCUCUGUGGACUAUGCCUCUGAUCACUCAGACAGUAUUAUUGACAUGCAGCCCUUGCACAAUAGGAGCAGCGCAACAUGUAUUAAGAAUCAGAGUCCAUCAACCCACAGCCUCACAAAUCCAUCUUUUAAUUUCUCUCAGAAAAUGACAACAGAUCUGGAUGGUUCAGAUCUCGUCUUUUCUUCCAAAAAGCCAGAGACUGUUGUUCAGAAUAAAUGUAAUACCACAGCAGCAAGUACAGCAGCAGAAUACCUAGAACCAGAUGACUUUUACAUUGACGACUUUGACAUAGAUGACCUAAAUGACUCCGAUAUUCCAGAUUACUUUGACGGACCCCCAAGCUCCAGCACUGUGACUACAACAGUGAACGAGGGGGGACCAAGCAAGUUUUCGUGGGAGAAGAAACCAACAACACCUGCUCCCACACCCAAGCCUUCAAAGAUCUGCUCUCCUGAACCCAACUUCAGAAACCCAGCCCAUGAUCGCUUCAGAGGGUUCAACUUCCCCCACUCACAGGAGAUGAUGAAGAUUUUUCACAAGCGUUUUGGUCUUCAUCAAUUCAGGUUCAAUCAACUAGAAGCAAUUAAUGCAACGAUUCUGGCAGAAGACACGUUUGUUUUGAUGCCCACGGGUGGAGGUAAAAGCCUGUGCUACCAGCUUCCUGCCUGUGUGUUACCAGGAGUCACUGUGGUCAUCUCCCCACUCAAAUCUCUUAUUGUAGACCAGGUCCAGAAACUCACUACACUGGAUAUCCCAGCAACAAGCCUGUCUGGUGAUAAAAGUGACAGUGAAGUUGGGAGGAUUUAUAUGCAGCUCUCAAGGAAAGAGCCCAUCAUUAAACUUCUCUAUGUCACUCCUGAAAAGGUGAGUGCAAGUAACAAGCUGAUCUCCGCCAUGCAGAACCUGUACGAGCGAGGCCUUUUGGCCCGCUUUGUCAUAGACGAGGCCCACUGUGUCAGUCAGUGGGGUCACGAUUUCCGUCCCGACUACAAGAGGUUGCAUGAACUGCGUCACAAGUUCCCUAACGUGCCGAUGAUGGCCCUGACAGCCACUGCCACUCCCCGUGUUCAGAAAGACAUCCUCAGCCAGCUGAAUAUGACUCGGCCACAGGUGUUCACCAUGAGUUUCAACAGAACAAACCUGAAGUACGCUGUCCUACCCAAGAAACCCAAAAAGGUUGACGAGGACUGCAUCAGCUGGAUCAAGAAGUACUACCCACGUGACUCUGGCAUCAUAUACUGCCUGUCCCGUAAUGACUGUGAUGCCAUGGCGAAGAGUCUGCAGAGCGCGCGGAUAUUAGCUCUGUCUUAUCACGCAGGCCUGAGUGACGGUGACAGAGAACAUGUGCAGAGCAAGUGGAUCAACCAGGACGGCUGCCAGGUCAUAUGUGCCACAAUAGCUUUUGGCAUGGGCAUUGACAAGCCAGAUGUUCGCUACGUGAUCCACGCCAGUCUGCCUAAGUCAGUGGAGGGUUACUACCAAGAGUCUGGGAGAGCUGGAAGAGAUGGAGAGAUAUCUCACUGUAUUCUCUUCUACUCCUACACUGACGUCCACCGCAUCAAGAGGAUUAUCAACAUGGACAAGGAAGGUGACAGACACACCAAAGCGACACAUUUCAACAACCUACACAGCAUGGUGCACUUCUGUGAGAACAUGAUGGAGUGCAGAAGAAUUCAGCUGCUCGCAUACUUUGGGGAAAUGAAGUUCAACAAAAGCUUUUGUAAGGACCACGCAGACGUCAGCUGUGACAACUGUGCCAAACCCAAUCAAUACAAGAUGAGAAACGUCACUGAAGAUGUGAAGAAGGUUGUGAGGUUUGUCCAGGAGAACUGCGAGAAAGUUGGAGCAAGGUUUGGCAAGACUGCUCAGCAAAACCGACUGACGCUAAAUAUGUUGGUGGACAUCUUUGUUGGGUCUAAGUUGGCCAAGGUACAGACAGGAAUGUUUGGGGUGGGAGGAGCUUACUCUAGGCAUAAUGCUGACCGUCUCUUCAAAAAACUGGUACUGGACAACAUCCUGGAGGAGAAUCUUUACGUCACUAACAACCGCCAAACUGUGGUGUACAUCUCUGCUGGAUCCAAAGCCAUGGCCGUUCUGUCUGGACACAUGCAGGUGGAGUUCUAUGAGACCGAGAGCGCGUCUAGCAUCAGGAAACAUAAAGCUGCUGUGGCUCAGAUCUCCCAGAGAGAGGAGAAAAUCCAGGAGUGCCUUAAGGAGCUGACGGAUCUGUGCAAGCACCUGGGGAAAGCGUUUGGCAUUCACUAUUACAACAUCUUCGCCACUGCCACCUUGAAAAAGAUAUCUGAGAAACUUUCUUCAGACCCUGAAGUCCUCCUACAAAUUGAUGGUGUGACAGAAGACAAACUGGAGAAGUAUGGAGCUGAAGUCAUUCAGGUCCUACAGAAAUACUCUGAGUGGCAGCUGCCUGAAGAGGAACCGACUGACAAUGGUGGAGAUGGGUGGAUAGACACGGCACAGGGCCGCGCGUAUGGAGAUGACGGGGACAACACAGAGUCUUCCACGUACUUUCGUAAUAAGCCUGCACAGGGACAGAAAAGAAAGAAAGCUCCAUUCUUCAACUAUUCCAAGAAGAAAAAACCAUAUGGCAACACAAGUGCCAACUCUAAAGGUCGUGGCUACAGCAGCAAUAAAUCGUGGUCGUCGUCCAGCUCCAGAGGUGCAGGCCAGGGGUCCAGGAGCUCAGCAGGAGCUGCAUCAGCAGACAGGAGACCGGGCUUUCUGACAGUCCCAACCCCUCAAACCAACCAGCGACCCUUUUUGAAGCCAGCCUUUUCACACUUGGGCUAGAGCUGUCCUCUGGCUCGGACUUUCAAGGAUAGCAGACUAAUUUUUCACUACAUUUUCAAACCAGUUGUUAUUAAUUGUUGUGAAGUAUUUAGCUGUUAUAAACCAACUGUUUAUUGAAACUGCUACAAUUAAUAAUUUAUGUUCUGUACAAUUAUUGUCUUGAUGUAUGUUUACAUUUCAAUGAUGUUGUAAAUUGUCACUUUUUUACUUUCCAUUGUAUCGUCAUUUUCUUUUUUUAAUUAAAGACACAUUUUCAGAGAA